UUUGGCGGGACUCGUUUUGUGUUUUGUCUGAGGAAAAAUCUAUUUAAUUAAUUUUUAAUAAAUUAAAAACCUUCAUUUGAAGGGAUUUAACAAAAAAACUUAAAAUUGCAUCAAACGAAAUGAAAGUAUCAUUAGAAUGGAAGCGACGUGUAAAAGUAGAAUAUUUAAAAAUACGCCAAAAGAAACGAUACAAGCGUGCCGACGAAAUAAAAGAAUUGUGGAUCAAGAAUUGGGAUGAGCAUAAUUAUGAUGAACAAGAAAUAUGGUGCGAUUCUAAAGUCUGGGAUCCACAACCAAUCGAUCAACCGCAUAUCGACUGUAUGAAGAACGCCGAGGUUACUACCAGCGAUGGUACAACACCUCAAAAAGUUCCAAUAUGCAUAAUUAAUGCUGUCACGCCCAUUCCCACAAUGUACACUUGGGCACCAACUCAACAGAAUUUCAUGGUUGAGGAUGAAACUGUUUUACACAACAUUCCUUAUAUGGGCGAUGAAGUUCUCGAUCAGGAUGGCAAGUUCAUUGAAGAACUGAUAAAGAAUUACGAUGGCAAGGUUCAUGGGGACAAGGAUCCAUCAUUUAUGGAUGAUACGAUAUUUAUUGAGUUGGUUCAUGCUUUGAUGAAGAAUUAUUCAGAGGAUACUGAAGAUGGUAAUGAAUCACCAUCAAAACCGGAGGUGGUUAAAAAAGAUCCAGAAGCUAAAGAGGAGACGCCUAAAGAUGCGGCGGCAUCUUCUGGUGCUGAAAAGUUGGCAUUCCCAAGGCCAAUUAUAUUCCAUGCAAUUAGCGCUAAUUUUUCUGAUAAAGGAACUCCUCAAGAGUUGAAAGAAAAAUAUAUUGAAUUAACAGAGCGUCAGGAUCCGGAACGCCCACAGGAAUGUACACCCAAUGUCGAUGGGGAGAAGGCAGAAAGUGUGUCUCGCGAAAAGACUUUGCAUUCAUUCCACACACUCUUCUGUAGACGGUGCUUUAAGUACGAUUGUUUCCUUCACCGUCUCCAAUCGAGUCAUGCAGGACCAAAUUUGCAAAAGCGACGAUUCCCAGAGUUGAAACCAUUCACAGAUCCAUGCGGGAAUACUUGUUAUAUGCUUUUGGAAGGAAUGAAAGAGAAAUUAGCAGCUGAUAGUAAAUCUCAAGCAGCCGAUUCAGGCAAUGAGAUAAGUUCGGAAGAUAGUAAUGAUAGCAACAGUCAGUAUAGCAAUAAAGAAUUUAAUGCAGAGAACAAAGACACAGGCAAUCCCAGUAUAACAGCAUCUUCAGCUGAAAUAAAUUCCAUGAUAACCGACAUGAUGAAUAAGUCUAAUACAAAAUGUGACUGGACCGGUGCUGAUCAAUCUUUAUUCCGUGCUCUUCAUACAGUCUUUUUGAAGAACUACUGCGCUAUUGCACAGGCAAUGCUUACAAAAACAUGCCAGCAGGUCUAUGAAUUUGCACAAAAAGAAGCUGCCGACUUGAGUAUUGAAGAAAUGCGUCAAGAUUUCACACCACCACGCAAGAAGAAGAAGAAGCAACGUCUCUGGUCCCUGCAUUGCCGAAAGAUUCAACUCAAAAAGGAUUCUACUUCGAAUCAUGUAUACAAUUACACUCCAUGCGAUCACGCUGGCCCGUGUGAUGCCGGCUGCUCUUGUAUUCAGACGCAGAACUUUUGCGAGAAAUUCUGCAAUUGUAGUAAUGAUUGCCAAAAUCGUUUCCCCGGAUGCCGAUGCAAAGCUCAGUGUAACACCAAGCAAUGUCCAUGCUAUUUGGCAGUGCGUGAAUGUGAUCCGGACCUGUGUCAAACAUGUGGAGCAGAUCAAUUCAAUUUGACGAGAAUAACCUGCAAAAACGUUAGUGUGCAACGGCAGCUGCAUAAACAUUUAUUAAUGGCACCAUCUGAUGUAGCCGGCUGGGGUAUUUUCCUCAAAGAGGGGGCCCAAAAAAAUGAGUUCAUUUCGGAAUACUGUGGUGAAAUUAUUUCACAAGACGAAGCUGAUCGACGUGGAAAGGUCUACGACAAGUACAUGUGCAGUUUUCUAUUUAAUCUUAAUAAUGACUUUGUGGUCGAUGCCACUCGUAAAGGUAACAAGAUUCGUUUCGCAAAUCAUUCGAUAAAUCCGAAUUGUUAUGCAAAAGUUAUGAUGGUCACUGGUGAUCAUAGGAUUGGAAUUUUUGCCAAGCGGGCCAUUCAGCCCGGUGAAGAACUCUUCUUCGACUAUAGAUAUGGUCCAACAGAGCAGUUGAAAUUCGUCGGCAUUGAGCGAGAAAUGGAAAUCGUUUAGAAAAUUAUGUAUUUUUAUUUUUUUAAAUUAAAGACACAGGAAAAAGUAAUAUUAAAUUAUGUGUUAACGAUUUUAAAAGAUUUUUUUUUUGUUUUUGGAGAGGAAAGGUUUUUGUUCGAAUAAAUAAAACCGCUUUUAAUCAAAUGAUAUCAGAAAA